AUGGCGUCCAAGGCUUCCACCUGCUGUGGAAAGAGCGCUGAGUGCGUGUGCGCUCAACAGGCCAAGUGCUCUUGCGGUCAACAGCCCGCGCUCCACUGCAACUGCGAAAAGGCCUCCACUGAAAACUCGGUCGACGGCGCCCGCUGCUCGUGCCGUGCCCGUCCCGCUGGCCAGUGCAACUGUGCCCGCUCCGACGCAGAAAACAAAAAGCCGUGCGGCGACACAUGUGACUGUGGUUGCCGUACUUCUGGCUCUUGCACGUGCUCCAAGGCGGCGGACGGUGGAUUCAACCCAUCCGAACACGAGACCGACUUCACAGGCAAGAAAUAA